AUACUGCCAAACAGUUCAAAUCCAGACAAAAGGAAGCUUGGUGAUGAUUCCAGAUUUCACACACAGUGCUCUAGAGGGAUUAUAUGCGCUUCACCCUCGGUAUAUAUGACAGAAGUCUCCAUCUACACCAAUCUAGAAGUCUCCAUCUACACCGACAGAAUCCUCUAUCCACAGAACAUUCGCUGUUCCAGAUUAUCGGGUUUAGCGAUUGAUCAAAGCUUGAUAGAGUUUGGGUUCUUCUUGAUAACGUUAACUCUUCCAAAUUAUCAGAGAAAAAGAGGGAGAAGAGAACGGGGGAAGAAGAAAAGAAUAAGAAGAAGAGAGCUUAGAAACUCUUGCUUGCUUGAAGAGAAAACAAGUGGACGGUUUUGUUUCUUAUUACUGUUUCUGAUUCAAGUGAUUACUGUUUCAGAAGAUUUGUGUUUCAGUGUUUUUUUUAGGAAAGCCUUGAAGGAGCUUAAUCAUAUGAUUCAGCACCAAAUUACUCCAUUUUACUGGAGCUCAGGGAGUCAGGGCUGAGAAGAGAAGGGUCUGUUUUUGACCACAGAACUAUUAAAUUUGUUCUUGCAAGUUUAGAGACCAGAGUAUGAAAUGGGAGGAAAACAUCAAUCAAUUAUCUUUCUCUUGCAAUGUGCUCAAUGAGAAGAUGAGAAAAAACUAAAAUAAGAUGUAGUUUAAUUCCUUCAGCACAAAACUGUCGGUGUGUGUAUAUUUUGGAUAUAGGCAUGCAUGAUCAAAACUUUCCUUGAUAUCUUAUUACAAAUUCAUUCUAUUUGUCA